CUAUGAUUAUAGAAGACACUUCGUAAGUCUUAUAGGGUAUCUACUUAGCUUUUAGGUGUCCCUUAAGAGUAUCCUACUACACUAGUAGCACUACAUCGCCCUACGGUACUAACAGAGAACGACCCAAGCACAUUAAUAGUACGACGCUACUCUACUCCGAAGUAGACAACCCUCUUCUACUCUAUCCCUCCUCCGCCUUGUCAUAUAUAUCUAACAUAAUCUGUACGCUGAUGCCCACGGCCAAGCGAGCCAAGCAAAGACGGCGUAGAAAGAAGGCUACUAAUUACCCAAAUGACCUCGCACAAGGGUGCGGUGCGUGCAUCCAUCCCUAGUAGGGGUUCCUAUCUUGGGGGUGGGCAAAGUGACCGCCUGCCAAGGGGUAGGCAAUUGUCUCGGCGGCGAUCAUUCGCGUUUGGUUUGGUUGGUAAGAUGGGUUAUGGGCGAUCUAAUAGGACUCUUAACGGACUGGAUGGGAAGAAGGAGUGGAGGGUGUUCCGUAAGACAAGUAUUCUCCGACUCUCUUAUUGGGCUCAUUUGAUAUUUUCCGAGGGCCUGAUUUGGUAUACGACCGACCCUCCGAUGCAUACUGCCUCGUGAGAAUGCGCAGAGCCUUAUGCAGCCGUCUUGGCACGUCUUGAGUUUCACCGCCGAGAGGUUCGUCUGAGUGGGAUGGUCAAACAAUGUCGAAACGACGACUAUGGCUCGUGGCUCGACUAUGGCAAGAUAGUGACCGUUCCAAGGUUCGUGUUUUUGAUCGUCGUUUUGGUGCGGAGAAGGUUGUGCUCCGU